AUGAAACUAAAAAGGACAAAACUGCAAUAAUCAUGGCUUGCAAUGUGCAGAAUGAAGUCUAUGAAGCUAUGAAUAUGCAAUUAUUUGCCUGAAAGUUAAGUGAUUCUGGAUUUUGACACUAGUGCUGCCUGCAGUCUGUGUUUUAACAGGAUUAAAACAACAACAUUGACCUGUUAUGAAUUUAGACAGGAACUUCAGAUGAACAGUUGCACGGUGAACUGACAGCUAGCAGAUAUGGUUCGAAAGUCACAGAGACUGAAGCUGGAAUACACAAAGCAAGAAGAAAAAUGCAGAGAGAAAGCAGAGAUGCAGAAUCUGUGUGGCACAAAUGGGAGACCAGAGCAGUGCUGUGGGGAGCACAGACGGAGAAUGGAGUUGUUCUGCCAGGAGGAUGAGGCCUUUAUCUGUGUCCUGUGUGUUCCCAGGCAUUCAUGUCACAGUUUUGUACUUUUACGUGAGGUAGUCAGUGUGUAUAAGGACAAGAUGAAAACACCUUUGAGAAACUUAGAAUCCAAAGUAGAAAAUUUAAAAUAUGUGCAAAACCAUCAGGAGAAGGAAAUCCUAAGUAUACAAGAGGAUAUAUUUAGUUUGGAGCUAUAUAUUGGACAAGAAUUUGCAAAACUGCAUCAGUUUCUCAAAGACAAGGAACAGAAACUCAUCCAGCAACUUAAGAAAGAAAAAGCAAACAUUCUAAAAGAAACUGAAGAAAGCCUUAAGAGUGUUAAACACGGUAUUUCCUUCCCUGUGACAGUGUCUGGCACCUUGGAGAUCAAGAAUAAAGAAACAGAAGCAGAGACUCUGAAAAAGACAGCACAAAUUUUUGAAUCCAUUGAAAAAGAUUUUUUAGUCACUCACAAGACAUGUGACAGUUACUUGGAUCUCAGACAGCAGGAUUCUGUUAAUAUACUGACAGUCCCAGAAACCUUUGAGGAUGUUGCUGUUACUUUCUCGGAAGAGGAGUGGAAAUUGUUAAGAAAACAAGAUAAGGAGCUUUACAAAGAAGUGAUGGUACAGAACUAUGAAACGUUGGUAUCAAUAGGAUACAAAAUUCCCCAGAAGAAGUUAUUACUACUAUUCAAAGCAGAUGAUGAAUUGCCAAAGGAUGUUUUAAGGAGACCAGGUAGCACAGAACAGAAGGAUAACCUUGGAGAUAACAUCCACAGUAUUACAUACAUGGAAUACAGUAUGAGCUGUAGACAGCAGCCAUCACUUGAAAGACCCCAGUUACAUCACCCAGCAGAGAACCUACAGCAGUGUGCUCAGCCUUUGAGGGUCUGUGACAAGUUUCCUAUCACUACUGUACCGCAGCUUCAUUUGAAACAUAGCAACAUGAACCUUAAAUGUGAUAAAGGAACAUUCCAGUUACAUCUAACAGAGAACCUGCAGCAGUGUACUGAGCCUGAAAAGGGAUAUGACAAGCUGAAUCUCACUUCUCUACCAGAGCUUCACUCAGAACACAACUGCAGCAAGAAUUCUGAAUGUGACACAAGUCUAAUAUCUCACACAGAGAAGAAACUGUACAAAUGUACUGAAUGCAAUAAGUCAUUUAUAUGUGCCAGAAGCUUCCAAAACCAUCAAGCCAUUCACACAAGAAAUAAACCAUACAAGUGUGCUCAAUGCACUAAGUCUUUCAAAUAUCCCAGCUAUCUUCGAUUGCAUCUUGUCUGUCACACAGGAAUUAAACCAUUUGAAUGUGCUCAAUGUGAUAAGCGUUUUAUACGAAAGCCACAACUAAUUUGUCACCAGUACUCCCACAUGGGGAUCAAACCAUUUAAAUGUGCAGAAUGUGAUAAAUCUUUUACACGAAAGUAUCAGCUAAUCCACCAUCAGUACUCUCACACAGGGAUUAAACCAUAUAAGUGCACUGAAUGUGGUAAGUGUUUUACAAGAAAGAGAUACCUAGUACGCCAUCAGUUCUGCCACACAGGGAUUAAGCCAUUUAAAUGUGAUGAAUGUGAUAAGUGUUUUAAACAGAAGCGACAGCUAAUACACCAUCAGUACUCUCACGCAGGGAUUAAACCAUAUAAGUGUACUGAAUGUGAUAAGUGUUUUACACGAAAGAGAACCCUAGUACACCAUCAGUACUCUCACACAGAGAUUAAACAAUAUAAAUGUACUGAAUGUGAUACAUCUUUUAAACAAAAAAGAUCACUAAUGCAACAUCAGUAUUCCCACAUAGAGAUUAAACCAUUUAAAUGUGAUAAGUGUGAUAAGUUAUUUACACAAAAGAAGCUUCUAAAAUUACAUCAGGACACUCACACAGGGAAUAAACCACAUAAAUGCCCUGAAUGUGGUAAAUCUUUCACACAAAGCCAUCAUCUAAAAUCCCAUCAAGAGUCUCACAGAGGGAUUAAACCAUACAGAUGUACUGAAUGUGACAAGUCUUUUACCCAAAAGGAAACUCUAAAAUUGCACCAGAAUACUCAUACAGGGAACAAACCUUAUAAGUGUGCUGAAUGUGGUAAGUCUUUCACAAGUCCCAGCAUUCUUCGAAGUCAUCUUGCUUCUCACAUAGAGGGCAAGCCAUAUAAGUGUGCUGAGUGCAACAAGUGUUUCAGGCAUUUCGGCAAUCUUCGACAGCAUUAUGCUGUUCACAAAGCAGUGAAACCAUAUAAAUGUGCUGAAUGUGAUAAGUGUUUUAGACAAAAGCACCAUCUAUCACGCCAUCAAAGUUCUCACACAGGGAUUAAACCAUAUAAAUGUGGUGAAUGUGAUAGGCAUUUCACACGAAAGGAACAUCUAACACAGCAUCAGUACUGUCACAGUGGGGCUAAACCAUAUAAAUGUGCUGAAUGUCAUAAGUGUUUUAGGCAAAAGCACCAUCUAACACACCAUCAAAGUUCUCACACAGGGAUUAAACCAUAUAAAUGUGAUGACUGUGAUAGGCAUUUCACACGAAAGGAACGGCUAAUACAGCAUCAGUACUCUCACAGGGGGACCAAACCAUACAAAUGUGCUGAAUGUGAUAAGUAUUUUACACAAAAGAGAGACAUGGUACACCAUCAGUACUCUCACAAAGGGAUUAAACCAUACAAAUGUGCUGAAUGUGGCAAGUCUUUUACACAAAAGUAUUAUCUAAAAUACCACCAGAACUCUCACACAGUGACUGUGGGUCCGAAUGCAGAGAGGAUGAGUCAGCAAGCAAAGGAAAGUAGUAUUGCUGAAAUUGAAUUCAUACUCAAGUCUUGGUGAGUACCUUCAAAAGGUGGACCCUGUUUUUCACAAAAUCUCACCAAUACCAC